AUGUACAACUUCCUCGUUCUCUUGGGACUCGUAACACUUACGAUCACAACGCACCCCUUCGAUCGUGUCGACAUGACUAGUUGGGAUUUAGACCCAAAUGACUGUCUUGACCAGCCGGGCAAUGAGACACACAUCCAACUCCAGGAUUCCGUAACACACAUCAAAAAGAAAGUCAUCGUCAAUCGUUUUGGCGAAAGAUGUGGCACAAAGAUUUUCUCGACUAUCCCCCGCGCGAGCAUUCAUAAACCCAAUCCGGGAAUCUGGGCUUCCAAUUUCACAGUGGAGCAAGAUCAGGUUGGAACGGGAAAUUUUACAGCUUGUUAUCCGAUGCUUGGAAACUUGUUUAUUACUAUGCGCUCAUUUAACGAGAAAACUGGUCAAGGCGUUAUGGAACAACGGGAGAAGGUCACAGAUAUGUGGUGCGAGUCGGUACCACUGGGAAAACAUCUGCCUUAUACCUUGGAUUCUUAA